GCAUGUGUAUCCCUCUUCAUCCUCAGUAUCUUGCAGAAGUUUCCCCCAAGAAGCUCCGUGGAUUUGCGAGUUCAACAGCCUCUCUCUUUUUGAGCCUGGGCAAAGUCCUAGGCCAAGUUUUGGGACAAAGAGAGUUCCUGGGAAAUGCCGCCCUGUGGCCACUGCUGAUGGCGUUCAGUGGCCUUGCUGCACUGGUCCAGCUGCUCACUCUGCCAUUCUUUCCUGAGUCACCACCCCACCUGCUCUUGGACAAAGGGGAUGAAGAAGGAUGCUUGAAAGCAAUGAGGACGCUCUGGGGAGAUGGACCUCACCAAGCAGAGCUCGAGGACCUGAGGAAAGAGCAGGCUGCCACCCCCAGCAGCCGCGGCAGGAGUGUCCUGGAGCUGCUCAGAGAGCCGUCCCUGCGCUGGCAGCUGUACAUGCUGAUCACUGUGGUCGUGACCAUGCAGCUGAGUGGCGUCCAGGCAAUUUACUUCUACAUGUUUGAAGUGCUCCAGACAGCUGGCUUCGACCCCAGUGAGAUCCCCUACCUGUCCCUGGGGGUCAGCCUGAGCGAGCUGCUCUCGGCCAUCCUUUGCAGUUUCCUCAUUGAACGGGUUGGAAGAAGAGUUCUCCUGUGGGGAGGUUAUGGGCUGAUGGCCACUGUGCUGGCUGCUGUUACCCUGACGCUUUCCCUUCAGGCUUGGUUCUCCUGGAUGUCGUACUGCAGCCUGGCCCUGAUUUUUUGCUUUGUGAUCUGCUUUGGGAUGGGCCCAGCUGGUGCCACAACAUCUGUUAGGGUGGAAAUCUUUGACCAGUCCUCCAGACCGCCUUCCUUUGUGAUCAGUUCAGUCCUAAAUUGGGUUGGAGUCUUUGUGAUAGGAAUUGUAUUUCCAUUUAUUGUGGAAAGCCUUCGGCAAUUCAGCUUCCUUGUCUUUAUGGGAACACUUUACCUGGCAGGAUUUCUUAUCUACUUCUUCCUGCCAGAGACCAAGGAAAAAUCAAUCCUAGAAAUCAAAGAAGAAUUUGAUAUACUGAAUUUUAAGAAGAAAAAGCAUCUCACAUCAGAAACGAACCAUGCAGAAGGUGGUACAUUCUGCACGAAGUUCUAACUGAACAUUGCUGCAAAUGAAAGAGUGAUGCCAUUCUGGACCACUGGGCUGCAUCCAACUAGUUGCAUGUAAACUCAAUUUCCCCAUGAUAUCCUGGAAAUCGUUACCAUUUCACUCUUCAUAGCCCUGCUUCAAGUGACAGGAUCUAGAAGAAUGUGUUAUAAUUCAGUCCCUCAAAAACAAAUUCAUUUUUAGGCAUAAGCCAUAUGAAAUUCCAUUUCUGAGGAGAUGCCAUGCCAGGGGUCAAACAAGGCUUUGAACUUGUGUUAGCUAUUGUAGCUGUUUGAAUUCAGCUUUCAAUAUGGCUUUUAAAUUUUGUAAUGUAAAUUUUAUGCUGUUUUUACU